UGGUCAGCUCUGCCCCGGGCUGUGAUUGGCUGACGGGCGGCCACGUGGUCAGCUCUCCCCCAGCGCCAGCAGCGCAGUCACCUGCAGGUCUGUCCACCUGAACCUGUGCUGAUCGUCUGUCAGGUUUUGCCCGCAGCCGCCGAGGGACCUGCAGAGGAAUCACGGUGACCUUUGAAUGCAUCACGCUGCCUUCUAACCAACACGAUGGCUUUGAGGUCGUUUGACAUCGACGCGCCACGAUGGGACCAGUCGACCUUCAUGGGCAGACUGAAGCACUUCUUCAACAUCACCGACAGCAGAACGGCGCUCUUACCUGACUCGCGGCUGGAUGAAGCCAAAGCUUUAGUAGAAAGCUGCAGGGCAGGAUCUUUGCCUCCGGGAACCACAGAGGACCAGCUCCACUACGCAAAGAAGCUGUACGACUCGGCCUUCCACCCCGACACGGGAGACCGCAUGAACCUGAUUGGCCGGAUGUCGUUCCAGGUCCCGGGAGGCAUGGCCAUCACCGGCUUCAUGCUGCAGUUCUACAGGACAGUUCCAGCGGUGGUGUUCUGGCAGUGGGUCAAUCAGUCCUUCAACGCGCUGGUCAACUACACCAACCGCAACGCUGCCUCCCCCAUCACUCCAAAGCAGAUUGGAGUGGCCUACGCCACAGCAACCAGCACAGCCCUGGCCACGGCCGUCGGACUCAACCUCUACACAAAGAAAGCUCCUCCUCUCGUGGCUCGCUGGGUCCCCUUCGCAGCCGUGGCCUCAGCCAACUGCGUUAACAUUCCCAUGAUGAGGCAGCAGGAAAUUCUGAACGGCAUCGCUGUCACCGACGAAAACGGCAACAAGCUGGGCAAUUCUAAGAAAGCGGCAGCAAAAGGCAUCACGCAGGUGGUCGUCUCAAGGAUCACCAUGGCAGCGCCGGGAAUGAUAAUCCUCCCCAUCAUCAUGCAGAGGCUGGAAAAAUUCAAUUUCAUGAAGAGAAUCACAUUUCUCCACGGGCCAAUUCAAGUCAUGUUGGUGGGAGGGUUUUUGGUCUUCAUGGUGCCGGCGGCCUGCUCCCUGUUCCCUCAGAGAUGCUCUAUGGCCGUGUCGAAGCUGGAGCCCGAGCUGAGAGACUCCAUCGUUUCCCAGUACGGAGAGAAAGUGCAGCUCGUCUACUUCAACAAAGGCCUUUGAGGCCAGGAGGCCCCGCCCCCCCGUUUACGCUGUGACACAAAACAACCCAACACACGUGUCUUCGCGCAACAUUUUCAAUUUGAUAAUCAGGAUGAAGUGUUUUGGGUUUUUCUUUUUUUCCCUUUAUUUCCGUUCCACGUUGGUGCUGCUCUUCCAGUCGUCAGUGUUUUAUCUGCUUUUCUUUCUCUUCUUUUCAUAAAUUCUUUCUGUAAACACAUUAGUGGCAACACUGUACUCCUGUUCAGAAACCAAAUGAUCUCAUCCCAGGAACAGGGUGUAGCUUUGCCAGAUCAGAUCGCCUCAUGAUGUAACUCAGUUGUUUUCAUUGGCUGUUUGUUACAGAAAUACACCCGCGGUCUGCAGAGCCUCCUUUCAGUCUGUGCCUUUUUUAUUACAAAUAUGCUGGAGCAGUCCUGCUGGACGUUGGUACCUUUUGUCUUUUAAGUGAUAUUUUCUUAACUGUGGGACGUGAAAAUGCUUCUACGCACGACUCGGGUUGCAGAAGUCCCUUCAGUGCGGUGGAGGCUGCUGCCAUCUUCUGCCAGAAAGGAGGAAGCUCUAAGAUUUAGGGAUUUUCCUCUUUUGCCACUUGGAUAAUCUCACUGUACAAACUCUGACCUCAACAGCAAACAAAAACAAAAAUAAAUCAUGAGAUGAAAUAAAAAUGGACUCACUUGAAA